GAAAUGUCUAAACCCUGCCUUCUAAGACAAACGUCGCCGUUUUGUAGUUUUCAUCUUAAACCCUAAACCCUCUUUAUUGUUUACCUCACUGAAAGAGGAGCAGAACUGAAGGUGAAGAGAAUAUGAUGAUCAGAACCAGAGUUCUCAAUCCAUCAAAGCUCAAAUCCCUGUCUUCUCUAUCCCUCUUCUCCACUCAAGCUUUUGCUUCGACGACAGAACCUUCAACCUCACAUUCGAACAUUUUGGCACCAAUAAAACCUCGAAACCCCUGCAAAAAUGGACAUUUUCUCUUCCUCACCUCCCCUUCCUCUGUACAGUCAACAGGCACGACAUCGCCGUCAAAUCAGCAACAAAAGCGCUCGUCUUCAAAAGCUUUGCCCUUGACCCGGGAUGGGAAUUUUGAUGAAGAAACUUCACACAACACGGUUUGCCCUGGAUGUGGAAUUCACAUGCAGGACUCAGAUCCUAAGCACCCGGGCUUCUUUAUCAAGCCGUCCUCUAAGGCCAAGGACCCAGUUCUAAAAAAGGGAAGCCGCUAUCUGGUUCCUGUAUCAACGGAACCCGAAUUCACUGCUUCCCUUAAGAAAGGUCUCGUUUUGGAGCAAGAUGGCGAAAGCCCCGGGCUUGAAGGAGAAACCGCAGAUGGAGAAAAGCACGAGAAGCCCGUGGUUUGUGCAAGAUGUCAUUCGUUGCGCCACUAUGGCAAGGUGAAGGAUCCGACGGCGGAGAAUCUGUUGCCAGAGUUUGACUUCGAUCACACUGUUGGCAGGAGACUGGCAUCUGUUUCUGGGGCCCGGUCUGUGGUGUUACUCGUCGUUGAUGCAUCAGAUUUUGAUGGGUCUUUCCCGAGGAAAGUAGCAAAACUAGUGUCAGCUGUUGCCGAUGAGAAUUGGACUGCUUGGAAAAAAGGGAAGUCCGGAAAUGUACCAAGGAUUGUGCUUGUAGUUACCAAGCUUGAUCUUUUGCCUAGUUCAAUAUCCCCUACAGGAUUUGAGCAUUGGGUAAGGCAGAGAGCUAGGGAGGGUGGAGCCAGUAGGAUUGCCAAAUUGCAUUUUGUGAGUCCAGUUAGGGACUGGGGAGUGAAGAGUUUGGUGGAGGAUAUAGUGGAGAUGGCAGGGCCUAGAGGCACAGUGUGGGCUGUGGGGGCCCAAAAUGCAGGGAAGAGUACACUGAUAAAUGCUAUUGCGAAGACUGUUGGUGGAAAGGUUGGUUUUUUGACAGAGGCACCAGUUCCCGGGACUACUCUGGGGAUAGUAAGGGUGGAAGGGGUGCUGCCAGGGCAGGCAAAGUUGUUUGAUACACCAGGGUUGUUAAAUCCGCAGCAGAUUACAACUAGGCUGACUAGGGAGGAGCAGAAACUUGUUUAUGUUGGUAAGGAGUUGAAACCAAGGACUUAUAGGCUCAAGGUUGGUCAUACAGUUCAUAUUGCUGGUCUAAUGAGGCUGGAUAUUGACGAGUUAUCUGUAGAAUCUAUGUAUGUAACUGUCUGGGCAUCUCCUUAUCUCCCAUUACAUAUGGGGAGAACAGAAAGUGCACAGAGAAUACUAGAGGAGCAUUUUGGUCAUCAGUUACAGCCACCAAUUGGUGAGAAAAGAGUAAAAGAGCUUGGAAACUGGGUGAGAAAGGAAUUCCGUGUUUCUGGUAGCAGCUGGGAUUCAAGUUCAGCAGAUAUUGCCGCUGCUGGUCUUGGUUGGUUUGCUCUUGGACUUAAAGGGGAGGCAGUUUUAGGUGUUUGGACCUAUGAGGGAGUUGAUGUUGUUCUUCGUAAUCCUUUGAUUCCUUUUAGAGCAGAGAUUUUUGAAGAAGCAGGAUUUACAGUCUCAAAAAUUGUCUCCAAGGCUGACCAAGCUUUAAACAAGUCCCACAGGCAAAGUAAAAGGAAAGAGAGUGAACAACAGACAGUUACCCCUGUGGAAUCAACAGCAUCAACAGCUAAUUCGAGCCCAACUUCUUGCUAAGGCUGCCGAAUAUGGUACUUGAAAAAUGUAGCAUCAACCUUUGCUAGAUGAAAGAGAAAAGUUAACUAGACGGAAGCCACAUUUGGCUAGUUUUGCACCUUUCCUAUUGGUGAUGGGACAUCCUUCUUUUGGUGCUUCCCAAUAAACAUGACGGAUUUACAAUAAGGGGCAAUGGGGCCUCCUACCCAGACGGGGACACAGAAUCAAUAGGACAUACGACAGCAUAUUUGGAAAGUCUUACAGCAUUCUUGGAUCGAGAGCAAAAGAUUGAGCCGAAGUUUCAAUUUAUUUUCUUCUGUACUCUCCAUUUCUUUUGAUUUUUAAACCGUACAUGCUACAAAUGUUAUGUUGAUGUGCAUUAUUCAUGGAUUUUUUUUUUUUAAGUUAAUGAAAUUAUCUAGCAUUA